AUGCUCCUGGCGACGAUUCUUUCCGUCGCUAUAGGCAGCUCCUUCGCCGGUAACUUCAACAACGACGUCGUCGUGGCGUUUGGAGAUGCCCGUGCUAAAAUCCAGGACAACGGCAACCUCAUGAGCCUGGCGCUGGACAAUAGUUCUGGCUCCGGUUUCGAGUCCAAGAACGAAUUCAUCUACGCCAAAGUGGAGAUGAACAUUAAGCUCGUCCCUGGCAAUUCUGCCGGCACCGUCACCUCCUUUUACGACACAUUACUAAUAUUCAAUCUACGGAGUAUAGUUCUCGUUUUUCAUGUUAUUAACGAUCUUUUUCUUUAUUGUGAAUUCCAUUUUGGUGAGCAGUUAAAAUCAGAAGGGAAUUCAUGGGACGAGGUCGACAUGGAGUUUCUAGGCAACACGAGCGGUGACCCCUAUGUCCUGCACACGAACAUCUUCACGAAAGGGAUGGGAAACCGCGAGCAACAGUUCUACUUGUGGUUCGACCCGACCACCGAUUUCCACACCUACUCCAUCACAUGGAACCCGGCCCAUAUUGUCCUGGUAGUGGACAAGAAGCCCAUCAGGGAGUACCGAAACGUGGACCCCAACAACAACGUCCCUUACCCACGGGACCAGCCCAUGAAGCUCUACGGAUCCCUCUGGAACGCAGACGACUGGGCCACUCGCGGUGGAUCCGUCAAGACCGACUGGUCCAAGGCUCCCUUCACGGCCUCUUUUAAUAACUACACCGCCGACGGCUGCGUUUACGCUAAUGGAGCCUCCAGCUGCCCGGACAAAACUGCACCGUGGUACUCGUCGGAGCUGAUCGACGGCGACGACUUGAAGCAGAUGCAAUGGGUUCAGAAGAACUACAUGAUUUACAAUUACUGCGAUGACUCUAACAGGUUUCACGGCAGCUUGCCGGCGGAAUGUGGCCGGAAAAAUUAG